GGGGCCAGCAGAAGAUCACAGUGGAUUGCAACGCAGGAGCAGAGGGGAAAUGUGAGGAGCAGCUGUACAUUGACAUCAGCAACAGAGACCCCAAGGACAAUCCCCUCGGCAUUCCCUUUACCCUGACUGCCGAGUCCUGCUUCCCAGCACUUGUUGAAGAUGUCACGUCCAUCUUUGAGCAGUACCCGAUCCACAACAACGUCAAUCUCCGCCAGACGUUACAGUCGGUGCAAGGCAAUGGUGUGUUCAUCAGAGAUGAUAACAAAUUCAUCUUCACCAAAGUUCAGGUUGGGCAACGGGUCACAGCUCGCUUCAAGAUCUCUAAUGGCAACAGUGUCCCAUGUGACGUGGUCCUCUCCAUCAAAGCCAUGCCUGGAGAGCCUCACAGCCUCAUCAGCAACAUCUUCAAGCUGGAUCCUGUCGAGAUGAGCAUUCCUGGCUUAUCCCAUGCCUUUGCUACAGUGACCUUCACUCCAGAACAAAAGGAGGACUACCACUGCACUUUCACAGCUUCCCUUGUUAGCCCAAAAAGCAGCUCUAUGAAGAUGAAACCCCAACAGCUGACCUUCACUGUCAGUGGAGAGGGGCACGUGCCUGAGGUGACAGUCGAGCGCCCGGGCCUUCAGAGCAAGAGGGGAAACCCUGUGCUGUGCUUCAGGAGGCUCCUGCUGGGGGAUUCACAGACACUCCCCCUGGUCCUUCGUAACAAUGGCGUCAUACCCACCCAGUUUACAGUUCAUAUCAUGGAUGACAAGGGAGUUUUCUUCCUGAAAAGCACGCAGUCCACACUCCAUGCCUUCCACAUUGGAGACAAGGAAAAGGACUCCACUGGAAAAGCCAAGAAGCGUCCCCAGAAGCCUUACAUGCUCCUGGAACGUGGGCAAUCAGCGGAGUUUGACGUGUUUUUCAAACCCACCCUGGCCCAACGUCUGGAAGGGAAGAUCCGUGUGCCAGUGUCAGGCAACAGUGAGAUCAACAUAGAGCUGGUGGGUGAAGGCCACAAUGAUGACUUCACCCUUGAUAACCUCUCUGGACUAGCAGAAGACAGCCAGGAGAGCAAUGCUGAGGGCAAUCUGGACGACGACAUCAUUGAGGGUGUCAGAGUGAAUCACAUAGAAUUUGGGGAUUGUGCAGUCAGGGAGCUCUGAGACAAGACCUUCACAGUCACCGACCGCAGCAAGGAGGAGGUGAUGCGGUUUGAGUGGCCCCUGGCAGACUCCCCGUUCCAGUUCUCCCCCAAGGUGGGACACCUCCAGCCUGGCUGUGCCAAGGAUAUCAGAGUGACCUUGAAAUCCAAGGUCCCGGUCACCAUCAGAAGACACUCCGUGAACUGUAAGGUGGCCAAGAUCAAAUACCAGCUGCCACCAGAAGAGGCUUACAACUGGGACGACGAAAUGUACAUUGAGCAGUGGGAGGAUACCACCGAGAGACUCCCGGGAGCCUGCUGGCCUUUGAAGCC